AUGAACCACGACCCUUUUGCAUGGGGCAGACCACGUGAUGACGUCUACGGCGCCUACAACCAUGCCAUUGCUGGCGCUAGCACAAAGGAAGCUUCGGAAAUCCCAACUUCUCACACGCAACAACCUAUAAUCACCGGUACUUCUGUCUUGGGACUCAAGUUCAAGAACGGUGUGGCACUUGCUGCCGAUAAUAUGGGCUCUUACGGGUCGCUUCUUAGAUUCAGCAAUCUUGAAAGGUUGAUCAGAGUGGGCGAGGAGACCAUUGUGGGUAUUUCAGGUGACAUUUCUGACUUGCAACAUAUUGAGCGUCUUUUGCACCAAUUGGAGACUGACGAAGAGGUUUACGAUAGUGACGGUGGCCACAAGUUGCGUGCUCCACAUGUUCAUGAAUACUUGACCAGGCUCUUGUACAACAGAAGGCUGAAGAUGGACCCCUUGUGGAACGCCAUCAUUGUUGCCGGCUUCAACGAUGACAGAACACCAUUUAUGAGAUACGUUGACCUUUUGGGUGUUGCGUACGGCGCCCUGGCUCUUGCCACCGGGUUUGGCUCUCACCUUGCUAUUCCAUUGUUGAGAAAGUUGGUGCCAUACGACCUGGACUUUGAAAAGGUUGCUGAGGAAGACGCCCGUGAAGCUAUAGUCAAUUCCAUGAGAGUGCUUUAUUACAGAGAUGCUCGUGCAGGCGACAAAUUUUCGUUUGUGGUGUUGACGUUUGACGAAGGCAAGGUUGACGUGAAGUUUGAAAAGGGAGUCAAGGUGGACAACCAGAGCUGGAAGUUCGCCGAGAACAUCAUUGGCUACGGCAGCAAACAGCUAUAG